AGCAGUUGUUUGUGUGGGCAUGAGAAUCACCAGCUGGCUGCCUCCAGGUCGCUGGAGGGCAUCUAUGGGCAGUAACUUUUGUCUUGAGAGUACAGGAGAACAGUGAGUGACCAGAGUCCCGUUGACCCUGGAAGGAGAACAUCAGUCGCCCUAUCCAGGCCCCCCCCCACCAUGUGCAGACUAGAGCCAUUUCUGAAGAGGUCCCUGGUGGUCCUCCUUUUCCUGGGCCUGGCAGAGGCCUGCGUUCCUCGUGAAGUCGCAAUGGAAGAGAAAAUCAAAAGUUGGACAAAUGUCCCAUUGGUCCCGGCUCACCCUGUCUUUCCUGAUCCUCUCGUGCACACAGUGCUGAAAGGAAUCUUGGGGUUGAUGGGCAGACUGUCCCCAGAUGGUUUCAGACAAAACAUCAUAUCCUCCUCCAAGACGCCUCCCCUGGUAACCACUCCAGACAAGUCAGAAGAAGAAAUGAAAAUAUUGAAACGGAUCCUUGGUCUGCUGAGCCUCCAAGUACUGAAUGAAGAAACAAGUAACUGCAAAGAAGAAGUGAAGCCUCCUCCAGCCACCACCACAGUCAGGGGACUUGUGAGGACCAGUGGAUGGAACUUUCUGAGGUGUGCCUACAUGGUGAUUACGUUCUUCUUCGUGUCCUACAAUAAAGGAGACUGGUGUUACUGCCGCUACUGUAACCCGGACCUGGAUCUGAGAGACGACCCCUGCUGUUCCUUCCAGUGAAGCCGCUCUGCUCUGUUUUGCUCAACCCUCACAAGCCCUCCGUCUCCAGAGCAUUUCACUUCCCAAGGAAGCUCUUCGAACUCUGGCUUAUCAACUAGCAGAGUAUGAGUGUGUCCAGAGGCUCAGCAGGAAGCCGUCUGGGGACCGUGCCCUGUGACAAUAGCCAGUAGAGCAGCCGAGUGAGCCUUUGUAAGGCUUUCCCCAACACCUUCUCUUCUGGGCCAUUUUCAACCUUUCUUUAUUGUGCACUAAUUAAUUGCUAAAUGCUUGUUUCUUACAUUCACAGAACAGCAAAUGACACAGGGUGGAGGGGCGCUAAGAAUCAUUUAUAAUUUUCAAAUAAAAAAACCCUUGAUUUUUGAUUGA